AUGACUGAAGCUGAUAUUAAGAAUAAAAUUAAAAGUAUCCGCACCAUGUACAGGAGAGAAUUGCUUUUGAUCAUUAAAUCUAAGAAGAGUGGCGCUGCACCCGACGAUGUUUACAAGCCGAGACUGAAUUGGUUUAAUCAAGCAGAUUCGUUUUUGAGGGCUGUCACGGUAGCUAGAGAAAGUAUAUCAAGUUCAGACAUCAACGAAUUUGCUGGAGGAGAUUUUGAAUCAACUAUUGAAGGGCCAUCUCCGACGUCAGAAUCAAUAGAUACAAGCGAAUUUGUCCGCCCCUGCACAUCUCAAACGCAAACACCACAAGUCAUCCCAGCAACAUUUCGUAAACGCAAAAAAGACACUAUCAACGAAACUAUUAACAAAUUACCCAAAAUAUCCAGUCCCAAAAAACAGGAAUUGGAUGAAUUUGAUUAUUUUGGAAAGUUCGUCACUGCACAGUUGCGGAAAAUGCCUGAAUAUGACGCCAUAUUGUGUCAGGAGGAAAUGCACAGUAUUAUGAGGAAGUAUAGGCUACGUUUGCUUUCUGGAUCUUUGAACAGUUCACCUUCUAUGUCUCCUUCAGAUCACAGUGUAACGACGAAUCCUUCACCGCCACCUCCUCAAAUCCAUAUAAAAAAUGAAAUAGAAUAA